AUGACUACUAUGAAUACAUCUGACUCCAACCAACCGCGCCCGGGGAUCCCGGCCUUGUUCACGCAGCCGCCGCCCAUCCGCGACCCGCUCAUCACCGAGACAGUCGAUCUGCAGAACGCGACGCUGGAAAAGUGCCUACCAUUCCUGAAAGGAAUCCAUAGCGCCCAGAAGGAUUUCAAUGACCAUGGCGUUCCCGCCCUACAGCGUGAUCUCCACGCCGGCUUCCUCUAUGAUGCCCUCGAGGAUUAUCCCGAGGGGUUCGUCGCCAUGGACGCCAGCCGCCCGUGGAUUGUGUACUGGGCGUUGGCGGGACUUGCCAUGCUGGGAGAAGAGACGGCUCGAUUUCGUGAACGGGUGAUCACUACGCUUCGGCCGAUGCAGAACCCCACAGGUGGCUUUGGCGGCGGCCAUGGCCAGACAUCCCACCUGGCGGGAAGUUAUGCAGCCGUGCUGUCGCUGGCUAUGGUUGGGGGCGAGGAAGCCUUUGGAUUGGUGGAUCGACACGCGAUGUGGCAAUGGAUUGGCCGAUUGAAGCAGCCAGAUGGAGGAUUCUGUGUUUGUGAGGGCGGGGAGGAAGAUGUGCGUGGCGCAUACUGCGCUAUGACUCUGAUCUCGCUACUCGACCUGCCGUUGACGCUUGCGCCGGGGUCUCAAGCGCGGGAGGCGGGAUUGGAAAGCCUUACGAGUGGUCUUCCUGAAUAUCUCUCACGAUGCCAAACGUUUGAAGGUGGGAUUUCUGGCAGCCCUGGGUCGGAGGCCCAUGGGGCAUACGCCUUUUGCGCUCUGGCAUGUCUCUCUAUCUUGGGACCCCCCGAGGAGAUCUUCAACAGACACAUGGACGUUCCCAUGUUAGUGUCAUGGUUAUCCGCACGCCAGUCCGCCCCGGAAGGUGGUCUAUCUGGACGAACAAAUAAGCUAGUGGAUGGAUGCUACAGCCAUUGGGUUGGUGGAUGUUGGCCAUUACUUGAAUCUUCUCUGGAGGGAAAGCCGGAUAACACCCAGCCACCGGUGAACAGCCUUUUCAGCCGCGAAGGUUUAACCCGAUACAUCCUUGCAUGUUGUCAAGGGAAUGAUGGUGGUCUUCGUGACAAACCGGGCAAACAUGUCGACUCAUACCACACCUGCUACGUUAUGGCGGGAUUAAGCGCGACUCAAAAUCAUCACUACCGGACCGACUCGAGUAUUGCGAGUAACAACUUUACAUCCUCAUUCUCCUGGAAGUCUUCACCCAACCGUGAUCCGGGCAAUGUGUUUUCACGAGGUGAUCGGCUAGAGCCAAUGCACCCUUUGUAUGUGAUCCCGCACAAAGCCGCGGAGCAAAUGCGGCUCUGGUCCGAGGCCCAGCCCCUCACUAUCUAA